AUGGCUUCUUACGCUGAAAACUGCAAUGUUAACUCUGGUUCUCAAACCUCGAUCAGUCCUGCAGCGCCUACUGGAGGCAUUGGCAGGUUCGGAAUCCCUCGGACCGUUUUCUCGCCUGCAGCAUACUCUCCUGUGAAAGCCGCUGCUUGCAACGGCGACGGUGAGACGUUCUGCAGCAGCGUGCUCCUGAAGAGCGUGAGGCCGCUGCUGGAGAAACUGGCCUUCCAAGGCGUCGCUGACGGGCAACACAAGCCCACCUUGAAGGUGCACGUUGUACCUGAUGCGCCUAAUGUGAAGCGGCAUGGAAUCGGCCGCUUCGGAGGCAAGCCUGCUGCUGCCGUGCUCGCACCUGCGGUCGUCAAUGCUGCUCCCGUCACACUAUCUGCUGUGGUUGCGCCUGUGGUGGUGCCUGAGGUAGCGCCUGUGGCUCCAGUGGCUUCAACCACACCACAGGUGCCUGAAGCGAGUGUGACCACAGAAACAAUAUCCGAGAAGGCGUGUGCACGUGCUGCUGAUCCGAGUGAGAAAGUUAGGUGGUCGAAGCUGCGUCAGGAGGUUCGAGCUAUGGAUAUUGCAAUGACACGAGCUGCUUACCUGAGGUGGGACAAGCUUAGCAAGGAGACAUCAUGGGCCAUGGAGAUUGAAGCGGCCAUUGAAGCCGCCCUGCGUCCCUGCUUCGUGCGCAAGCAUCCUGAUGCUAAUGGGUGCAGCAGCAAGGGGAGGCCAGCAGUGAGAGCAGAUGGCAAGGCCAGCAGCAGGCAGGCGAGUGGGGUGAAGCAGAGAAAGGGGGUUGGGUGUGGGGAGGGAGCAGCAGGGAGGGCAGCAGGUGGAAGGCAGGGUGGUGGGAAGGCAGCGGGUGGCAGAGCAGUGGGAAGUGGCGUGUGUGGCAUGGAGGGGGUGAAGCAGCAGGCGGGGAGGAGAGAGGGUUUGGUGCAUGAGAGGCAGGCGAGGCCAGGCUGCAGCAGCAGCAGGGCGCACAGAAGGAGCUCCUCAAAGACGCAGCAUCAGAAUGAGAGUAUCCCAUAG